CAGGAAAAGGAAACACGGAUUUAGGACACCAUGUUACCAGACUGUUUUUAAAACUAAACUUUUCUUUGUUUACACUUGUCGCUAAUGUUGAAAAAAUCACAAUGUUCUCGCUUAUAUCAGCUAUUAAGAUUAUAUUUUUCAUGUGCUUUGUUGUAUUUUGUGUGCAGUAUUGGAUGCAGAACAAAACAUAUUUAACUGAUCAUAUAGAGAUUGCAGAAAUAGCUCGAAAACAUACCGGGACCAACGAUAUACAGGUGUCGUAUAAACAGAUUUAUAAAGAGUUGAAAAAGCGAUUUCCUGGCCAUAUAUUAGCAGAGGAGGAUACAGAAUGGCUGUUUAUGAACGCCGGAGGAUGGAUGGGGAGCAUGUGUAUUUUAUAUGCUUCUCUUACUGAGUAUAUACUCUUCUUUGGUACAGCCAUUGAUACUUCGGGGAAUUCUGGUCGAUAUUGGGCAAAUAUAUCUGAUACAAUACUUAAAGGUUCAUUUAGACAGUGGAAGGAAGGGGAGCUGGAAAGCCGAAUGUUCAAACCAGGUGACACUGUUUACCAUGAAUGGGGAGAAGUGACAGCUGUACAGUGGGAGGAAGGAACAUGGAUGGUAGAAUAUGCUCGAGGAUUUAUUCCAUCCACCCUCGGCUUUGCUUUAGCUGACACUUUUUUUAGUACUACAGACUUUGUCAAUCUCUUUUACAUAUUACGAGUUUAUACGAAAGCUUUGUUAUUAGAGGCAUCAACUUCAAUAUUAGAAUGGAAAGAAUUUAUAAAAGAAAGUUUAUGAUGUCUUUUGAAUUUAUAUUUGAUACUCUUUUUUUAAAGCUUUUUACGUCUACAGGAUGUGGUAGAUUUUUUUCUCACUAAUAUACUAUGUUGUAAUGGUGAUAAUAGGAGAUUGCUCUGUUUUCAUUUUGUAUUUAAUUUACUGCUGUUAUUACAAUAAAAUUUAUUAAAGUU